UUUGCGAUCAUUUCUCCAGUAUAAUGAGUGUGCGUCAAAUAUGUACGUUUGUUUUUCUUCUGGCUGCAACUUCCGCCUUGGAGGUAGUGAUACAGCAGCCGACGAAAAAUGGAACUUUUGACGUCGGCAUUAUUAUUACACCCGGAGCUGACAUAAAGGGAGAGGCGUAUGAGAAACUAGGUACCAAGUUUCAAGAGUCGUUCCCAGGACGUAUGUGGGUAGCAUUGCUGUGUGAUUUCCCUUUCAAUAUCCCUAAUCCAAUACAACUUGCUUCUGGGAUAGAUGAAUCAAUUUCCAAAUUCAAGAAUGCGGGAUUUCAAGGAAACAACAUCUUCCUGGCAGGUCAUAGCCUAGGUGGUUUGUUUGUUGGUAUGUACGGACUCAGUCAUGCGUCCCAGCUAAAAGGUGUGAUGCUGUUUGCCUCGUACCUGACAAGAUCACACAGGCUUAGGGACUAUCCCCUACCUGUACUGACAAUCUCGGGAGACCUGGACGGACUCACUAGGAUCACCAGAAUUGUUGACACUUUCGAAGAGUUAGAAAACGAAACUAUGCACAAUCCAAGCCCCGUCAGUUUAAUUUACAAAACACCCGUCAUUGUAAUGCGAGGUUUAAAUCACGGCCAUUUUGCUUCCGGAACCAUGCCACCCAACGUCCUUGAACAUGACCUUCCGGUUGACAAUGACAUUACAUUUGACAAUGCUCAUCAGACAAUUGCUUUCCACGUGACAAAUUUUGUUAUUGUCAACACUGGCCUACCGAAGGAAAAGUAUCUGACAGCCGUAGCAGGGAUGAAGAUGGCCUACUUCAGUACAAAAGAAACGAUACAGCCUUUGUCUCGUGUCAAGGCCAUGGACAUCAACACAGGUAAAUCUUCCACUACAACAAUUACCGCGCAAAGAUGUCUCCUUGGUAACAAGUUGGCUUCACAUGUGGACGUGAAUGACACAGAAAUAUCUGAACAGGAAAUCGACUUUUACGAACCGGAUGUGAAAGUGAUAAACAGGACGCAUGCGCAUGUGCAAACUUUCUCGACCGUCGUGACACCCUUUGACCCGGAAGAUGUAUCAUUAAACCCACAAACACCGUCAGAAGUUCAGUCUGUGAUGAAGAGCAAGGCUGGAAUGAUCAAGUUGUUACCAGAUGUAGCUUAUGAUGGCAACAAUCUAACUUGUCGGGAUCUAAAUAAGAUCAUUUACCAAGUUGCUUUAAAUGCAUCGUCAGCUCUGGCUCACAAUCGCUCCAUAGAAAGGAGGUCUCCGUCCAUCACAUUUAAUGAUGACGUCAUAUCAGAUUCUUUGUUGAACUGGUCAGUGGACUCUUUAGACCUACAGUAUGGUGUCAAUGGGUCUUUGAAGGUCACUUCGUACGCUUAUGUUGUCGAUCCAGACGACCCAAGUGGAAAAAUGGCGGGAACACGUCAUUGUAAAUUGUUGUCACCGUACAGAGCAAUGGAAUGGUUUUAUAUAGACUCAUUGAAAAGAAAUGCUGGUCAUAAUAGUUGGUUUCACCAUUUGUGAUAUUUUUUGAAUAAAAUAAUUUGUAUCUAGCUGUUUUUUACAAAUAGACCAUCUAUUCUCUUUGGUCUCCGACAAUAAACUUUGCUUUUCA